AUGCUGCCAGACUUGCUGAGCUUUUCCAGCACUUUGUGUUUACUGCAGAUGUUUAGCAUCCACAAUAGUUUGCCAUUGGCAUGUGUUCUGUCAAACCUGGGGCUCCCACUUGGUUGAAGGGGGGGAGGGGACAGUUGGGCUCUGCUGGAAAAGCUGGAACUGUCAUUUAUAUCACUGCCCGAAUAUUCAGGUGAAACGGACGCAUUUAAGACAGAACCUUUUAAGAAGUAAUAAAAGACGGUGGAAGACUCUACCACCACGAGAGGAAAUGCAAUAAAUAAAGGACAGCUCCUCUGAGCCAUACAGUGACGGUCGCCCCACCCCGUCACCACCCCCUCUCAACACCUCCUGUGAUUGGCUGCAGUGCUUCCGUUCCCGGAUUGGCCGACACCCUCAGCGCACGGAACAAUGGCAGAGCGGCUUCCGGGCUUCGUCCCGCUCGCGCGCGUCCAGCUGAGGUCCCUCACGGGGAUUGGCCGACACGCGGCGAGGGGCGGGGCCAAUAGGAGCGCAGGGCCAUCCCACAGAUUGCAAAACAUGGCAAACAAAAAGCUGAAGAGGACAGGCCUGCCUUCAGAUUUGUGUGAAAGGCUUAGCAAAUACCAGAUUAUAAACUGUCAGGACUUUCUAUCCCUUUCUCCACUGGAGCUGAUGAGAUUCACGGGUCAGAGUAUCCAGAAGGUUUCUGCAUUAGCAAAAACUGUCAGUAAGGCUUGUGCUCCUAAAAUGGUCACUGCACUUGAAAUGAAAGCGGAAAGAUGUUCGAAACCAUCCAUUGCUUUCUUCCCCACCUCUCUGACCAAACUUGACGAGGUCCUUCACGGUGGACUAGCCUGUGGAACCCUGACUGAGGUGACAGGUCCUUCGGGCUGUGGAAAGACACAAUUCUGUAUGAUGCUGAGCGUGUUGGCCACCUUGCCUGUCAGUAUGGGUGGUCUGGAUGGAGCAGUCAUUUACAUUGACACCGAAUCUGCUUUUAGUGCUGAGCGGCUAAUAGAGAUAGCAAGGUGUCGAUUCCCUAAUUACUUCCAUGAAGACCAGAAACUGAUUGCAAUGACCAACAGAAUUCACUUGUACCGUGAACUCACUUGCUUGGAUGUGCUAAAAAGAUUGGAAUCCUUGGAAGAAGACAUUAUCUUGAAAGGAGUAAAAUUGAUUGUGGUGGACUCAGUUGCAUCAGUGGUUCGCAAAGAAUUUGAUACCAGGCUCCAGGGUAACCUGUCAGAGCGUAGUAACCUGCUGUCAAGUGAAGCUGCCACACUAAAAUUUUUGGCAGAAGAAUUCUCCAUUCCGGUCGUCCUAACGAACCAGAUCACAACAAGGCUGAGUCAAAACUUUGUGCCAAGCUCGAGCGCAAGUCGUUCCUCCCUGCCUGAAGAUUGCGGGAUAAGUCCUGAUGGAGAAACAAGCUACGCAACUGCAGCUCUCGGGAACACAUGGAGUCACAGUGUCAACACCCGACUCAUCGUGCAGUAUCUGGACUACCACCGCAGGCAGAUGAUCAUCGCAAAGUCACCACUUGCUCCAUUCGCUGUGUUUAUUUUCACCAUUCAGAAGGAAGGUCUUGUCCUGCGAGGCGAAGACCCCCGACCUGGUUUGUCCGCUGAGGGAACAGAUCCCGGACUCCAGCCAAUUGGAGUCCGGAGUUCGUUUGCAUACUGCCCACACUGGGACCUGCCCGGCUUAUCCCAGGCCAAGCCCUGACCACUCCAGGAUUGCAUGUCAAUCCAAAAUAGAAUUUAUCCUAUUGCUGGCCUGGAUGAAGGAAUGUUAAACCUCUCCUGAUGAUGUUGCGACUGGGACCGCCUGGUGAAUGGAUAAGCAGUUUGGAAAAGGAAGGUCAGGCUUCUGGACUGGGGGAAGAUGGCAAAAGUAACACUGCUAAUCAAGAGAAGAGGGAAAAGAAAACAGGGAAAAAGGAAAGAAAACAUAAGUCAACAGGAAAAUACUAUCAAGAAAGUUUUAACAAUCCACUUUUGAAAUCGUACUGUGAUGAAACAAAAUCAGUGUAGUUUGCGAAAGGGAAAUCACGUCUGAUGAAUUUAUUAGUGAGUAUUGUGUUGAUGUAAAUGUAACGGUAGGUAAAGGGGGAGCUGUAGUGAACUUGAAUUCCCAAACUUGUUGAUAAGGUGACCAAGAGCUCAUGGAGUUUGGGGCUGGUGUUUUAACAUGGUGGUGAAUUGGUUAAUAGACUGGAGAUAUAGAGGAGGAAUCAAUGGGGCAUCUCCAAGUUGGCAGAUCGGAACUAGUAAAAUGCAGGUCUGGGGCCUCAGGUAUUUACAAUCUGUAUUAGUGACAUUGACAAAGACCCUGAGUGCAAUGCAUUGAUGUUUGCUGACAGUGCAAAGGUUGAUGGGAAUGCAAGCCAAAAGAAGUACCUGUUGGUUCUGCUAUGACACGGUAGUUCUGUUGUCGUGCAAGGCCGUGUUAUAAGAAAAUCGUGCCGUAGCAGGACCAUUUAAACUAAUGGGGCUGGAAACACAUCACAAACAAUACAUGCUUUAAAUGUUUGUGCUUUAAAUACAGUGUCCCCAAUUCGUCGACCGCAUUGUAGUGAAUUUAGGUGUACUCUGAGAAGGAACACAGAAAAUUAACUUUCUUUCUCUCUCUCAUCUAGAAAUGCUGGUUAUUGGAAAUGGUAUGACUUAUUGCCCAUCCCUAAUUGCCCCUUGAAAGGGUGUUAAUAAGCUGUCUUCUUGAAUAACUGCAGCCCAAGUGGUAUAGAUAAAUCCACACUGCUGGUAAGGAGGGAGUUCCAAGGUUUUGUGACAGGAAAGAACAGCAAGGCUUUGAGGCCUGGGGUGUUCUGACUGGGAAAGUGACCCACAAGGAAACCAUAGUGGUCAACGCAGAAGGGUCAAAGUGGCUGAACACUGACCUGAGUUACUGAUCCAUCCAGAUCUGGCACUCAUUUACUUACUAUUGUUUUCAUGGGAGAAGUGAGGCCUAAGAUGCCAGUGGAAGGGUAAUGCCCAGCCUGGCAGUAUUAUCGCAGAUUGAAGACGGAGUACCCAAUGUGACAAGUCAGGAAAGGAGCAGGUCAUCGGUCACCAGGGAGGGAAUUACCCACAAUGCCAAGGGCCCUCACGCCACCAAUGAUCAGAGCACACCGUCCAAGGUCAUUUCGGUCAAUGUUGCAUCAAAACUAUAGUUCUGCAUUCAUAAAUGAAUGAAAAACCACUACACAUGUCGACUAUCUGCUGUAUGUGUAAGGCUGUGUUGUGCUGUUCUGAUGGUAUUUGCCUAUUUACAUGUGCACUGGGGACUAAUUUAGUUCUUGAUUGGGAUCUCACUACCAUGACACCUAACCCAAUCGUUCCUCACUACCCCCAUCCCCAAGAAAUUUCCGAAGAGAAAUCUGACAUCAGUAUAUGCUGCACAGAUGGGGACCAGAAUUCUGGUGAAAUUCAUGGAUUUACAAAAGGGAAAUGACACUUGACAAAUCUAACCAUAGAGUCAAUAAGGGGGAGCCAAUGGAUGUGGUUUACUUGAACUUUCAGAAUGCUUUCAAUAAGAUGCUGCAGAAGAGAUUAGCGUGGAAAAGUAAAGCAAAAGGGAUUGGGGGAAGUGCAUUGACAUGGAGGGCUCCUGCCCAAAACAUUGAUUCUCCUGCUCUUCCGAUGUUGCAUGACCUGCUGUGCUUUUCCAGCACCAACCACACACUCUUGACAUGGAUAGAGAACUGGUCGGUAGACUGGAAACUAGGAGUAGCAAUAAACACGUAUGUUUUUCUGAAUGACAGUGGCCAAUGGGGUACUGCAGGGAUCGGCACCAGGACCCUUAGCUAUUCACAAUAUAUAUUAAUGAUUCAGAUGAGGGAACUAUCUGUCAUAUCUCCACAUUUGUAGAUGACACAAACCUGGCUGGGAGUGGGAGCUGUGAAGAGGAUGCAGAGAUGCUUCAGUGAGAUUUGGACAAACUGAGUGACUGGGCAAAUAUGUGGCAGUAUAGCAUUCAGGUAUAUUGGAACAUAAUUCAGGUUCAUCAGAUCAGGCACACCGAUUCAGAUAUGUCAGGUUCUGUAUCCGAAUUCAGAUAUAUCACCAUACUAAUUCAAGUAUGUCAGAUCAGGCAUUUAGAUUCAGGGACAUCAGAUCAGGCACUCUAAUUCAGGUAUAUCAGAUCACCCAUUCUCUGGUUCACGUACUUCAUGCCAGGAAAUCAGAUUCAUGCAUGUCAGACCUGGUACUCUAAUUCAAGAUUACAAGCAUUCUUAUUCAGAUAUAUCAGAUCAGGGAUUCAGGUAUUUCCAAGCAGCUAUUCAGGUAUAUCAGAUCGGAUAAUCAGAGUAAGGCACAUCAGAUACAACGCAUCAUCCCCCGCCAUUUCUGCCACCUACAGUCAGACCCCACCACCAGAAAUAUAUUUCCCUCCCCGCCCCUAUCAGCAUUCCGCAGAGACCAUUCCUUCAGCGACUCCCUCCUUCAGUCCAUGCCCCCCCCCCACCAACCCACC